GAAACAAGCGUUGUUAGAGCGGUUGACCACUGUUGAGCUUUGUUCAGUUGCAACAUUGGGGUUAUAAAGUGUUCUUGAUUUGUUUACCAAUUAAUAAAAAGCAAUCAUUAAGUACUUUGUGCGCUAAAUAUUAUUCAUUAAAUUAGUAAUAAUGAAUGACUUCGAUAACCCUCAGAUAUUUUUCUCGGAUAAUUUUGCACCGGAUGAGACCCGAGAGGAUCAGCUAAAACUCCAAUCAUUCAAGAAAAAAUAUAAAGAAUUCAUAAGACAAUUUCAUGAGGGUAAUUUCAACUACAAAUACCGAGAUUGUCUCAAACGUAAUUACAAUCUCGGUCAGUAUUGGUUGGUGGUAAAUCUCGAGGAUUUGGCGGCUUUUGAUGAAAGUUUGGCUGAAAAAAUUUAUAAACAACCAACCGAGUAUUUGCCAGUGUUUGAAGAAGCUGCCAAAGAUGUUGCUGAUGAAUUGACUGCCCCAAGACCCAGUGGUGAGGAAACUGUUGAAGAUAUACAAAUUUUGUUGUCGUCAGAUGCUCAUGCGUCAGCCCUUCGUGGUCUCAAGCCCGAUAUCGUCUCAAAACUGGUGAAAAUACCCGGGAUAAUAGUUGCUGCAUCAGGCAUCAGAUCAAAGGCAACGAAAAUUGCAAUUCAAUGUAGAUCAUGCAGAAAUACUCAAAAUAAUAUUCCAAUAAAGCCUGGAUUAGAGGGAUACAGUUUGCCUCGACAAUGUUCAACGGAGCAAGCUGGAAGACAAAAAUGCCCUCUAGACCCAUUUUUCGUGAUGCCCGAUCAGUGCAAAUGCGUGGACUUUCAAGUGGUGAAACUUCAGGAACUUCCAGAUCAAAUUCCUCAAGGUGAAAUACCAAGGCACGUACAACUGUACUGUGAUCGUUAUCUUUGCGAUCGUGUUGUACCCGGUAAUCGGGUCCUAAUCCUUGGUAUAUAUUCGAUAAAAAAGGUAUCUGGAGGGAAAAGAGGAGGAAAGGAAAAGGCACUUGUUGGCAUUCGUGCACCGUACAUAAGGGUCAUUGGUAUAUCAAUUGAUGGUGAGGAUAAUGGCAGUGGAACUCAUCCGCCGUUGACCAAUGAAGACGAGGAUGCCUUCAGGCGUUUAGCAGCUCAGCCAGACAUCUACGAUAAAAUAGCAAGAAGCAUUGCUCCAAGUAUAUUUGGUGCAUUAGAUAUUAAAAAAUCAAUUGCCUGUCUCUUGUUUGGGGGCUCGAGAAAGAGAAUGCCUGACGGCCUCUGCAGAAGAGGUGACCUUAAUGUUCUUCUUCUUGGUGAUCCUGGUACAGCGAAAUCUCAACUUCUCAAGUUUGUUGAAAGGGUUGCACCCAUUGGAAUAUACACAUCGGGAAAAGGUAGCUCAGCUGCUGGUCUCACUGCUUCUGUAAUUCGUGAUCCGAUCAGUCGUAAUUAUGUUAUGGAGGGUGGAGCAAUGGUGUUAGCUGAUGGUGGAACAGUUUGUAUCGAUGAAUUUGAUAAAAUGAAGGAAGACGAUAGAGUGGCUAUUCAUGAAGCAAUGGAACAGCAGACGAUUUCCAUCGCCAAAGCUGGUAUUACAACAACAUUAAAUACAAGAUGUUCAGUACUAGCUGCUGCUAAUUCAAUUUUCGGAAGAUGGGAUGACAUAAAGGGAGAGGAAAAUAUCGAUUUUAUGCCAGCUAUUCUCUCACGUUUCGAUAUGAUUUUUAUCGUUAAAGACGAACACGAACAAAAUCGAGAUAUUACAUUGGCCAAACAUGUUAUGGGAUUGCACACUAAUGCUGGACAGUUGACUACACAAUUACCAGAAGGUGAAUUAUCACUUAAUCUUCUCAAAAAGUAUAUUUAUUACUGCAGAACUCGAUGUGGUCCACGAUUGAACAAAGAAGCUGGAGAAAAAUUGAAGAAUCAUUAUGUUAUGAUGCGCGCUGGUACACAGGCACAUGAAAAGGAUACUGACAAAAGAAUGUCAAUUCCAAUAACAGUGCGACAAUUGGAAGCUGUCAUUAGAAUAUCAGAAUCACUUGCGAAAAUGCAAUUGCAACCGUUUGCUACCCAAGUACAUGUCGAUGAGGCUCUGAGACUCUUUCAAGUAUCAACACUUGAUGCUGCAAUGUCUGGUUCACUGGCUGGCGCUGAGGGCUUCAUAUCUGAUGAGGAUCACGAGAUUCUUGCACGAAUUGAGAAACAACUUAAACGCAGAUUUGCCGUCGGUACCCAAGUUUCAGAGCUAAAUAUUGUGAGCGAUUUUCUCAAACAAAAAUAUCCAGAACGAUCUAUUUACAAAGUCAUCUUUACCAUGAUUCGUCGAGGUGAAUUGCAACAUCGAAUGCAGAGGAAAAUGCUCUACAGGCUCAUGUAAAUGUUGAUAAUUUUUAAAACAUUUUUUUACAACUCAUUAUCUACUAUAUUUUUAGUACAUUUACUUUAUUUUAUAAUUUUUUUUCCAUUUCACGAUUCAUUGUAACUCGUCCCUGAAGGGAUAUAACGGAUGUCUUUCUACCCUGUGAAAUAAUCAGGAUAUUAUCAAUUUUCAGUUAA